AUGCGCGGCGGAGGGACUGCGCGCAGCUCCAGGGCCCUGGCGGCAGUGAGCUGGCGCCCGGCGACCUGGCACCCGCGCCUGGCUAUGGGGCAUCUACCUCGCCUCAGGAGCAGCACCAGCCACAGGAACCUGCCGCAUCUGUUUCUGUUUUUCCUCUUCGUGGGACCCUUCAACUGCCUCGCGAGUUACAGCCGGGCCACGGAGCUUCUGUACAGUCUGAACGAGGGACUGCCCGCCGGGGUGCUCAUAGGCAAUCUGGCCGAGGACCUGAGGCUGGUACCCAGGGCCUCCAGGAGGCAAGACCAGCAGCUGCAGGCGCCAGAACGCGCCAGUGUGGAGCUGAAUCCCCCGCUCUCCUUCAGCCUGGCCUCGCGCGGACUGAGUGGCCAGUACGUGACCCUGGACAACCGCUCCGGGGAGCUGCACACUUCGUCCCAGGAGAUUGACAGGGAGGCCCUGUGCCUGGAAGGAGGUGGAGAAACUGCCUGGGGCAACAGCAUCUCCAUCUCCUCCUCUUCUUCCUCUGACUCUUGCCUUCUGCUUCUGGAUGUGCUGAUCCUGCCUCAGGAAUACUUUAGGUUUGUGAAGGUGAAAAUUGCCAUCCGGGACAUCAAUGACAAUGCCCCGCAGUUCCCAGUUUCCCAAAUCUCCAUAUGGGUCCCGGAAAAUGCACCUGUUAAUACCCGACUGGCCAUAGAACAUCCUGCCGUGGACCCAGAUGUAGGCACUAAUGGGGUGCAGACCUAUCGAUUACUGGACUACCACGGUAUGUUCACCCUGGAUGUGGAAGAAAAUGAGAAUGGGGAGCGCACCCCCUAUCUCAUCGUCAUGGGGGCUUUGGACAGGGAGACCCAAGACCAGUAUGUGAGCAUCAUCAUCGCAGAGGAUGGUGGCACUCCACCACUACUGGGCAGUGCCACCGUCACCAUUGGCAUAAGUGACAUCAAUGACAAUUGCCCACUCUUCACAGACUCACAAAUCAAUAUCACACUGUAUGGAAACGCUACAGUUGGCACCCCAAUUGCAGGUGUCCAAGCUGUGGAUAGAGACUUGGGGACCAAUGCUCAGAUCACCUAUUCUUACAGUCAGAAAGUUCCUCAGGCAUCUAAGGAUUUAUUUCAUCUGGAUGAAACCACUGGCGUCAUCAAACUUUUCAGUAAGAUCGGUGGCAGUGUUCACCAGACGCACAAGCUCACCAUCCUGGCUAAUGGCCCAGGCUGCAUUCCUGCUGUGAUCACUGCCCUGGUGUCCAUUAUCAAAGUCAUUUUCAGACCCCCUGAAAUUGUCCCUCGUUACAUAGCAAACGAGAUAGAGGGUGUUGUUUACCUGAAGGAACUGGAACCUGUUAGCACUCCUAUUGCUUUUUUCACCAUAAGAGAUCCAGAAGGUAAAUACAAAGUCAACUGUUACCUGGAUGGUGAAGGGCCGUUUAGGUUAUCACCCUACAAGCCCUACAACAAUGAAUAUUUGCUAGAAACCACAAAGCCAAUGGACUAUGAACUACAGCAGUUCUACGAAAUAGCUGUCGUGGCUUGGAACUCUGAAGGAUUUCACGUCAAAAAAAUGAUUAAAGUGCAACUUUUAGAUGACAAUGACAAUGCUCCUAUUUUCCUUCAGCCCCUAAUAGAGCUAACCAUUGAAGAAAACAACGCACCCAAUGCCUUUUUGACCAAAUUGUCUGCUACAGAUGCUGACAGCGGAGAGAGAGGCCAGGUGUCAUACUUUCUAGGAGCAGAUGCGCCGUCCUACUUUGCUGUAGACAGCACCACGGGAGUGCUAACCGUGUCCACCCAGCUCGACCGGGAAGAGACAGAGAAGUACAGGUACACCGUCCGAGCUGCCGACUCCGGGAAGCCCCCCAGAGAAUCAGUUGCCACCGUGGUGCUCACCGUGUUGGAUAAAAAUGACAACAGCCCCCGGUUUAUCAACAAGGACUUCAGCUUUUUUGUGCCCGAAAACUUUCCAGGAUAUGGUGAAAUUGGAGUAAUUAGUGUAACAGACGCUGAUGCCGGCCAAAAUGGAUGGGUGGCCCUUUCGGUGGUGAACCAGAGUGAUAUUUUUGUCAUAGACACUGGAAAGGGGAUGCUGAGGGCCAAAGUCUCUCUGGACAGGGAGCAGCAAAGUUCCUAUACUUUGUGGGUGGAAGCUGUUGAUGGCGGUGAGCCCGCCCUCUCCUCUACGGCGAAAAUCACGAUUCUUCUGCUCGACAUUAAUGACAACCCUCCUCUGGUCUUAUUUCCUCAGUCAAAUAUGUCCUACUUGUUGGUUCUGCCUUCUACUCUCCCUGGCUCCCCAGUGACAGAGGUCUACGCCGUGGACAAAGACACAGGCAUGAAUGCCGUCAUAGCUUACAGCAUCAUAGGGAGAAGAGGUCCGAGGCCUGAGUCCUUUCGGAUUGACCCCAAAACUGGCAACAUUACUUUGGAAGAGGCAUUGCUGCAGACAGAUUAUGGGCUCCACCGCUUGCUGGUCAAAGUGAGUGACCAUGGCUACCCAGAGCCUCUCCACUCCACAGUCAUGGUGAACCUAUUUGUCAAUGACACGGUCAGUAAUGAGAGCUACAUUGAAAGUCUUUUAAGAAAGGAACCAGAUAUUAACAUAGAAGAGAAAGAACCGCAAAUCUCCAUAGAACCAACUCAUAGAAGGGCAGAGGCUGGGUCAUGCAUGCCCACUUUGGUAGCUCUAUCUGUAAUCAGUUUGGGUUCUAUCACACUUGUAACAGGCAUGGGUGUUUACAUCUGUUUAAGGAAGGGGAAAAAACAUCACAGGGAAGGUGAAACUUUGGAAGUACAAAUGCCACUGAAAGGAAAAAUUGACUUGUGUAUGAGAGAGAGGAAACCGGUGGAUAUUUCUAAUAUUUGACAGUCUAGUGUGCACAACUCAGAGAGGUGUUUUAAAUGAAUUUGGGUAGCCUCCCCCCACUAAGCACGAGUGGUUAGUGGCAAGUCCAGUGACGGACAACUAAUUUAUAACUUGUUCUAUAUUGUAAAUAGCUGUUUACAGGUUUUUAAAAUUUGAAUUCAGAUGUUAUAAAAUGUGUACAGCAUUUUUUAAUGAAAAUUAGUACUAACAGCAGUAGAAUUGUGAUAAAAAUGCUGGGCCAUCAUUUGCCGCUUUCAAACAUUAAGCAGAUGAUUGAUAAAAUCAGAGAGAAAGGUAGGAGUAUGGUACCUUGUCAUUAUUUUGUCUAAAAGUCCUUUAACCACAAGAGGGCAUCAGUUGCCCCUUUGCAGGGAAUUGUUUGCGAUAUUGUACAUGCAGGUGUUGUACAUGAAAUUAAUGAGAGUCUAUUUUAAAUAUAUUGUUUUUAACAUUUAACAAAUAUAAAAUCAAAGUAAAUUUAAUUUGCCCUUCUUAAAUGUAUGAUAAGAGGGAAAAGAAAUGCACUUGUAAACAGAAUGUUUAUUACCUCAUAAGUACAUCAUGUAUCAUUUGAAAGAAAGAGCAUUAAAAAAUAACUUAAUUAUUUUUAGCAAGGACAUAAAAAAAUUCUUUGUAUGAUUUAAAAGUUUCUACUUGCUAAAGAGCACCUCAUUUCCUGUGUAUUCCAACCGUGUUCAGUUUGCUUCACCACUGCACUUGCUAUUAUUAUAGGAGGAAAUACAUCACUUCUUCCUUACAGAAAAUGUAACUAGAAAUUGUACCAAGAACAACAGCCAGAAGCAAAGAAAUGUUUCCCUCCUCAGUUGCUUCGUAGAUGUUGAUGACCUUAUGGUGUUUUCAUAGCUUGUGAAUCAUACCUUAAACACAGGCUGCAUAUUAGAUUUUUAUAGGCUUAAGCUUCUCCAUCAAAUAAGAUGAACAUUACUCUCAGUCGGUCUCCUUCUAGAAGCUGGUGCAAUCUGCCGGUCAUUUCAGUGGGGCAUUUCCUAGGACCGUUAUAUUUCUGUUGUUUAGGUUUGUUGGCUGCCGUUUCUGGCUUUCCUUCUUGCCUUUGGACUAAGUCCAAGAGUUGAUGUGUCAGCCCAGGAGCAGAUUUCUUUGAUCAUUUAGCCUUUUCUGCAUCUUUAGCAAUGCAUGAGUCUAGUUCAUCAGUGCCUAAUCCCUUUUAAUUCAUUGUGUGAGCUGGACAUUUUUAUUUUUUAUGAGAGCUGUUACAAAUUUAUCUGUAUAAACAAGGAAUGUGUUAGCUUAAGUUGGACUGUUUUACUUUUGUCAUCACGUGUCUGUACUGUACCCAAAGUGUUUAUAUGUCUGCAAAUUAAAGCUAUAUAUUUUCAUAA